UUGGCGGAGCAGACUGACAGAGAAACAAAGAUGGCAGCGAGUGAUCCUAAGGCUCCAAGAGGGAGGAGCGGGAGCAUGGUUGAACCUCUAGCCUUCAGACUCGUCCUCGUUGGGAAAACCGGAGCAGGAAAGAGCUCCAGUGGGAACACCAUACUGGGAAAAGAUGCCUUCACUGCAGCUGUCAGUCAGUCCUCAGUGAGCAGACAGUGCUGUAAACACUCUGGUCAGGUAUUCAGCAGACACCUGACCGUGGUCGACACCCCCGGUCUCUUCGACACCUCCUUACCUGAGCUCACUGUAAAGAGAGAGAUCUCCAAGUGCAUCAACAUGUCAGCCCCGGGGCCCCACGCCAUCCUGCUGGUCAUCAAGGUGGCGCCCUUCACCGGAGAGGAGAGAAACGCCGUCAGGCAGGUGGAGGAGAUCUUUGGAGAGGACGCCUGGAAGUACACAAUCAUCCUCUUCACCCAGGACGAUGUGGGCGGAGCAGACAUAGAGAGCCAGCUGGAGGGGGCGGGGCCUGAGCUGCUGGAUGUCCUGAGGAAGGCGGGGAACAGGUAUCAGGUGUUUAACAACAACAGAGCCAACGAUCGGGUGCAAGUUCUGGAUCUGCUGGAGAAGGUGGAGAAGAUGGUGUCUGACAAUGGAGGGGGGUUUUACUCCAACUACACCUACCUGGAGGUGGUGGAGCUGCUGAAUAAGAGGGAGGCGGAGCUUAAAGACUUCUACAGGAAGAAGCUGGAGGAGGAGCUCAGAGCUGUAGAGGCUAAGUACAAGCUGCGGGAGGCUGAGGAGGGGCGUCCAGUCAUGUCCAGUCGCUGGAAGGAGGAAGUGAAGGAGAUAAAACGAUACUAUGACUCUCUGAACGCCUCGACUCGCCAUGUGGUGGAGCAAACCGUGGACACUGACCACUUAGAGGACAUCUGUGAGUACCACAGGAAACUGAAGAUCACACAAUGAAGAGGCCCAACAGGACGUGGCACACCAGAGAGAAUCAAUGCUGAGGGAUAGAUCUCACUUCUAUCAGGGCAGAGACGAUGAUAAGGAAGGACUGAACCUUUCAAAAUAAAACAAUAGACUAAACGGGCCAAUCAGAGCUAAUGCACAUAUGAAAUAGUAUCAGUCAGGAUCUUGGUCAGGAGAAGAACAUCAUGUUAAAGAACAUCCUUCAGUCUGGUUAUUGCCCUUCUUUACUAAAGAAAUGUCCAGUUUUGAUCAAACUGCUGUAGCUGCGUCCAUGAUCGUCCAUGAUCCCGUGAAGCCAUCCUGAGAUUCAAAGUCUGUCUAUUUUACUUUGUGGAGCAUUUUCUGAAAUUUUUCUUUUUUUAGACUCAGUUUUCCACAGAUUGGUGAACCUCUGCCCAUCUUUACUUCUGAGAGACUCAGCCUCUCUAAAAUGCUCCUUUCACAUCCAGCCAUGUGACUGACGUUGAUAGUUAACGUCAUUUGUGUCAAAAUGCUUCUCCAGCUGUUUUUCACUUCUUACUUUUCCAGCCUUUCAUUGCAACGUCCCUACUUUUUUUUUAAAUGUCUUAUGCUGCCAUCAAAUUCAA